GCUUUGGGCGAGCUUUUGAUGCCGGAGUGCAGUGAUGGGUUCAUGUUUCAUCCAUGGUCCCAUACUAACAUAUGGAGCUCUAUUAUAGUGAGUGAUAUUAAAGGGGAUGUGACUCUGAUAUAGCAGUCGCGCUGACCUAAAGCAACUCCAACUUAGGCCGUACCAUUAAACUACCAAGGAUUGCAAACAGAGCAAAAAUUUUUUUUCGUACUAAAAAAAAGAAAUAAUUAUUUUUUUAUGUUAUAUUUAUUUCCUCAAUGUCUUAGAUUUAACGGCUUAACGAACCGAUCUUAUCACGCUACUUUACUUUUCGAUCAUUUGGAAUGAUUUUGUAAAUUUUCCUUUUGAUGUUAUCCUUCUAUUGGUGUUAUUGUUAUUAUUGGUUGAGCGGAACCCUUUAAACACUUUUCAAGCCAUUGCUUGGUUAAAAGGAGCAGCCAAAUAUUAAAGACCCUUUUGCCACCAUUGGUACAGUUACUAACUAACUUAUGAGUAGAAUAUCGUAAUAACUGACAGCUAAGUGGUGGUGGUAGUACGUACUACCAUUCGGAAGAUCAUGGCUCGUAUCCUCAUCGGACUAACAUCCAAAAUUAUUGCUUCUAAUUGCGGUCGCCCUCGGCAACGAAUAUCAACCCCUCCGUUAGUAUUUCUGACAUGAAAUCUGGGCUCCUCAUGGAAUAACAUCCAGGCGCACACAAAUAGUUGGUGAAAAUCGCUUCAGCGGUUACAAAGUGCCAAUUAUAUAUGUAUAUAUGUAUGUAUACUAACUAGCGCCACCUAUGUGCCAGGCCCGGAACUUUUCAGCUCGUGUGUUAAUUACACGCUGCUGCAUGUGUAAUAUUUUCUUUUUUUUUUUGUAGCAACGAAUUACGUGCCGUACGGUAGUACGGUAGUGACAGCGGCAACAAUACCAAAAACAAUAAGUUCAAUAAAGAAUUAAAAGAAAAAAGUGAAAAAUAAAAAAAUAAUGUAAACUAAUAAAAGUAGAAAAGCAAAAUAACUAUUGAAUGCUCGUUGUAUGUGAACUCAAAUCAACUCGCCAAAGCCUCAAUUCGAUGCGCCACAACUCACUUUCUGUUCAUUCGACCAACAAAAUGGUUUUUCUUUUUUUUCCCGUUUUGCGCAUUAUGAUCGAAUACAAUUUUUGAUUCAAUUGCAUGAAUGAAUAUCUAAAUGGCGAAGUAAAUGACUGCCGGACACUACAAAAAAAAAAAACAAAAACAAUAAUACAAUAAUACCAACGAUAUUUUAAAUUGUAUACAUACUUUCCAUCGAACUCUCGACAACUAAUAAAGCGCCAGUGGAAAUAGUUAUAGUACGAGUAGCCGCGGCAACGAGCAGCAGCGACGCAAAAGCCAGCAAUAGACUCUGUUGAUGCUAAUAGUUACAGCAGUUGGCAUUCAACUUUAGUAGCGGCUGCGUCUAUGAGCCGACACUACUGCUGCUGGCCGGUCAUAGAGAUCAUUCAACUAAGUGCAUCUGUUAGUUACAUACGUAUAUUUUCGGUAUUUUUGGCAUAUGAACAUUCCAAACGCACUAUCGUCGUCAUCAUUAACACAAUCAACCCUUCAGGCAGCUGCGUCAGUGCACGCGCACGAGUGUCGCCCCAGCUUCAGCUUAUAGCAUAUGCCACAUGAACAUUUAGACGUAGCAGGAAUCAUUGAAAUUGUGAAUUUAGUGGUGGUGGUGUUGGUGGUGGUUCCCAGUGUUUUUUUCUUGAAAGUGUUGAAAACAGUGGAAGUGUAGUUUUGAGUAUAGCAAGACUUUCGCUUAUUCUGCUGGCAUGCAGCAGCAUACAUAAAUACCAGUGAGUGCAUGGCAGUAUUUAAGAUAAAAAAAAAAAAAAAUAAUAAUAAAUAAAUAGAUAUUGAGUGUGAAAUAAUUAAAAAAGCAAUUGAAAUUUGAAAAAAAUAAUACAAAAAAAAAAUAGUUAAUUAAAUUUCAGCGCGUCUUAAUUGUGCCCAUACGCUGCCGAAAAAAAUCAUUAAGUGCCUCAACAUUCCAAGCAAAGUUAUUUUUAAUUUCUGCAAUAGACAAUAAGGAAGUUUCUCGUCGUUUACCAUCAGUGAGUGUCUGUUGUCGGGUGUGCGUGUGUGUGUGCAUUUCGCCUCAAUCAUGCGUAUUUUAAGUACCGAGUUACGUUUACGCGUGAAAAAUCGCAAACCGCGUCCAUUUAUGCGUGCCGCAAGUGCUGAUGCUGCUAUUGGAGAUGGGCGUUGUAGUACAAAUCUUGCUUUUGAAGAUGUAAUAGAUGGUGCGAGUGUUUCAUAUAAUAGAGACAGUGCCAUCAGUUCUCCAUCCACUCCCAACUCUUCACUUUCCUCACAAUCGAAUCUUGUUUGCGCUGGUGGUGGCUCACCAUCACCAAACACACCCUCCCCGGCCACUCCCACCUCUCAACAAUCCGCCAAUACACCGCUGAGCGGCAAUAGUGUGAUAUAUCAAGCGCCAGGUGGCGCUGGUUAUGCUGUUGGUACAUCCGGUCAUAAGAACAGUUUGAAGGGUACGAAAUUGGCGCGUAGAGCGCGUUCUUUCAAAGACGAUUUGAUUGAAAAAAUUUCCAUGAUACGUACGCCCAACAAUACGCUGGGACGAUCCCACUCACCGCAUAGUCCACGCAGUAAGUCUAUGAAACCCCCACCGACCGCCGAAGAGGUAGCCAAAUCUGCCAGUUCGCUGGAAAAUCAUGUUAAGGACAUUUCAAAUGCUCUGAAACAUUUUCGCGAUGUGAUACUAAAAUCGAAGCUCGAAGUACUACCGGGCAAUGCUACGGUUAUACUGGAGACCAUAGCCAGCAUGUACACUGUUAUACAGUCCUAUGCAUUGGACAAACACAGUCCCGUCCUUUUGUCGGCAACACAACAAGUCUAUCAGUCGUUGGGUAAAUUAGUGAAACUUUGCGACGAGGUGAUGCUAAUCCAUGCAGCGCGACGUGGCGACGAUGAAAGUAGUGGUGGUGCCGAUGGUGAUGGUGUUGGUGAUGGAAAUGCCCAAACGGAGCGCCAACAACUAAAAACGUUGCUCAGUGAAGAUAAUGUAAAGGAGAUUGUUGAUUUACUUGGCGAUGCGGUGCGGAAUUUGGCGACACUUUCGCAGCAAAAACUUAAGGAACGCGAGGAGAAUGCUUUCAAGUAUGCACCAAGCAAUAUCGAUGCUGCGGCAACGUCUAACAACGUCAACGUCAACAACAACAGUAGCGCAGCAGUGUCACAUAAUCAUCUCAUGCGCCUACCGGUGGAAGUUGCUGGUCAACGUACAUCGCUGCCGGACAUAACGCUAACACCGAAAGAACGUGAUAUUUUAGAGAAAACCAACUCCAAUCCCAUACGGGCCUCACAUAGCACAGAGAGCAUUUUGCGCGAUACGAGUCCGCCGCCCAAACCACCGCUACCGAAUAGACCACCACCGCUGCCGCCCAAACGCCGUAAUCAACAACAAAAUCAACAACAAUUGCUUUCAAAUAAUAAGAGUAUGAACUCGGAUUUGGAAUGGAAUUCCGAUAUUUCGCUUGGCAACUACGGUGUUGAUUAUAUGAGCAAUCUUUCGGUGCACUCACAUUCGCCGGAUGAAAAUUCUAGUCAAUGCUCACUCGAUUCAGAGUUGAAUCAUUCACGUGAGGAGGAGGAAUUAAAAGCCUUGGGUUUGGGCAAUCGUCUCAACGACAGCAUGCUCGAUAAUGAUGUUGAUAAAUUAAACAUAUCAAAACCACUUGCAAGCACUGGCAAACGCGUUGUGUCGCACAAUAAAGUCGCUGGCAAUAGUAAAUCUAGUGGCAGUGGUCAUGUAGAAUCCACCAACAAUACUGCUUUCACUACACAAACACAGAACGCUGCUGCAGAAACCGCCAAACGGCGUGCUGUUGUCACUACUUCAGUGGCAAGCGAUGGCAUAGAUGAAUGUGAUUUUAUUACACAAUCAGGCAACGGUAAUAGCGGCACCGGUGUCACCGCUGCUGAUAAACUGGAAAUGCGCAAAAAUUCUACUAAUAAUCGUCAUUCCAAUGAAUCGGGCUUCGUUUCUAUGACAUCAAUGCGCAGCUCAGCGCACAGUGUUUCGAAACGUUCAUCAGAUUGCGGCUUUCAAUCGUCCACCAAAUCUAGUUCCAAUUCAGAAAUCGCUUUUGAUGCCAUUGAAUCCUCGAGUAGUGGAGAAUUUCAUACACACACGCAGGAAUUUCACCACCAACAGAGCACAUGCUCGACAAUGACGAGUACAAUGUCUUCUACCAUGCUGAUGGCCACUUCGAGUAGUAUCCUGAAUAAUAUGUCUACAUUGUCAUCGCAUGAGGCACGUUCGAUAAGUAAUACGAGCAGCAUUAGUCCGGAUCAAUAUGAGGGUAGCGGUCUGCUAACCGAACGUUCAAUGCAAACCAGCAGUACUAGUCAUGUGACGCAAUCGUCAUUUUCAUCGCUUAGGAAGUGUGGUAGUUUGGAUACGGGCUCGUCAUCGGAUGAUUUAGUGCCGCCAGCAUUGCCACCCAAGACGAAUCGGAAUAAGGAUGCUGCAGCGCGUAUGUUAUCGCAAUAUGAUAAUUUUGAUGAAAUGGACGAUAAUAAUGGUGAAAUUGCCGAGCUCCGACAACAUCAUUAUGCGCACUACAACAGCUAUAGCCAACAUAGUCAACGUAUCCAUCAUAGUGAUUAUUCGCAUCACGUGUCGCCGUGGCAACAAACUAAACAUCAAAGUCUACUCGAUUCGCGACAUUUGGUUAGUGGAUAUGCCAGCACGAGUUGCACGAACUUUGGUGAUGCAGGGCAACCGCCGCCGCUGCCCGUCAAGAAAAAGCACAUGUUUCAAAGUGUGGCCUUUUCGGUUUGGGCGUAUAUGGAAUUGUGUCAGGGUCCCAAUCGGCCACUUGGACGUCAUACCAUGCAUAUGCACGACUUUACGGGGAACAUUUCCCAUAGCCAAACAAUGAACAUUGUGCCACUACCAAAGGAUUUAUCGCCAGCCGCGCAAGAUGAAACGCCGCCCGCACUACCGCCAAAGAAUUACAAACAGCAUCGCAAGUCGAGCGCAACACCGCCCACUAUAAUAACAACACCACCACCUAGUCCGAAACCCACACAUUUAAGUGCUGGUGCUGAUGCGGAAAACGGUCGUCCAGCGCGUGUAAUAUCCGCUACACAAGGCAGUGAGAUGAUGUCCACGGUGUGUGAAGAACUUGGCGAUCUCACCGAGGAGGAGCAAGCAUCGUUGCGCCACUCACAUCAGUUGCCUGAUGAGAAUUGCAAUAAUCAUGUGACACAGCAGCACUCGCCACUACGACGUGCCGAUACACAUGAGGGUACGCCGAGCAGUCGGGCGGCGAGUGCUGGUGAGGAUCAAUUGUUGGAGCGCUCUAGCUACGGUGAGGAUAAGUGUGGGGAAUUACAAACAGUGCCGCAGGAUGAAAUGCCAAAGAUGUUAGAGGAGAUUGAUGUUAGCAAAUAUUUGGUGCUCAAGCGGAAGGAUGAGGAUGGGCCGGAAGUGAAGGGCGGUUAUGUGGAUGCGUUGAUUGUGCAUGCGAGUCGUGUGCAGAACGAUAAUGCAUUCAUUGACGCCUUCAUCACAACAUUUCGUACUUUUAUCCAACCGAUUGAUGUGAUUGAAAAACUUACCCAUCGCUAUACAAUAUUCUUUUGUUGCCAAAAUGAUCAAAAACAGCGCGUAGCCAGAGAGACAUUUUCACUGCUGAUGAGAGUAGUAGAUGGUUUAACUUCAAUGGACCUAACAGAUCAGCUGCUCUCAUUGAUUGUAGAAUUCAAUUAUCAAUUGGUCUGCGCCGGACAGCUGUAUUUAGCGAAAACCCUACGCAGCAUAUUCGUGGAGAAGGUGACGUUAUUCCGUGAAUAUCGUUUACCACCGCCCAAAGCCGAUAUGCAUAUCACUGUAACCAAUCAACCCAGUCUGCUCGAUCUGAAAUCUGUGGAAAUUGCCGAGCAAAUGACACUGCUCGAUGCUGAUCUAUUUCAGAAAAUUGAAAUACCUGAAGUAUUGCUAUUUGCCAAAGAACAAAGUGAGGAGAAAUCGCCCAAUUUGAAUAAGUUCACGGAACACUUUAAUAAUAUGUCAUUUUGGGCGAGAUCGAAAAUUCUCACUUUAAGCGAUGCCAAAGAACGUGAAAAGCAUGUUGUUAAAUUUAUAAAAAUAAUGAAACAUUUGCGUAAAAUGAAUAAUUACAAUUCGUAUUUGGCUUUACUGUCGGCAUUGGACUCGGCGCCCAUACGAAGAUUGGAAUGGCAUAAAACUAUUACGCAAGACAUAAAGGAAUAUUGUUUACUAAUCGAUUCGAGUUCAAGCUUUCGUGCAUAUCGCACAACAUUGGCUGCAACAAGUCCGCCUUGUAUACCUUAUAUUGGUCUAGUCCUGCAGGAUUUAACAUUCGUGCAUGUCGGCAAUCCAGAUUAUCUAAAAGAAGGUGUAAUCAAUUUCUCCAAACGUUGGCAGCAAUAUCAUCUUAUUGAGAAUAUGAAACGUUUUAAGAAAUGCGAGUACAAUUUCCGUCGCAACGAACGCAUUAUACGUUUCUUCGACAAUUUUGAGUAUGAAUUGGGUGAAGAAGAAAUGUGGCAAAUAUCGGAGAGUAUAAAACCACGUGGCAGGCGUCCUGUGCAAGCAUAAAAUGUUUGGGGUUAUUGAAAAGAAAACCGUACAAAUUAACCACAUAUCCUGAUGGAAUACUCAAUAGUCGUCGAAGUAA